UUAAUACAAAUUGAAAAAAAAAAUAAUUAUGAAAAUGAAAAUUUUGAUAAUAUGUUUGAUGAUUGGAAUAAAACUGACAAUGAAGAUGAAAAUUAUAUUGAUGAAGAAAUAAGUGACAAAGAAGAAGAACAAAUUAAUGAAAUAGAAAAUGAAAAUAUAAUUAGUGAUGAAGAUAUGGAAAAUAAUGAAUUAGACUAA